UCCAAACCAAGACGUCACUCUUCUUAAAUUUGAUAAUUAGUUGACUCAUGAUUAAGGUAAUUGUUCGGGGUGUUGGGUGUGACAUUGAAGAGGACAUAGCUUUUGUCAGGGAGGCAGAGAGAGGUGUGUUUGUGUUUCAGACAGAGAGGGAGGAGAGAAGAAGCUUUUUUAUGCCAGAGCAGGGUCACUAAGAUAGACUUCUAGUUAUGGCUCUCCACGGAGUGAUCUGUACAGCAACUCUGCUGACUCUCCUCACACAAGGAUGUCACUCACAGCUCAAUGUGUGUGGUAAACCUCCGCUCAACACCAGGAUUGUUGGAGGGCAGGCGGCCCUUGAGGGCAACUGGCCCUGGCAGGCCAGUCUGCAGAGCAACGGAGGCCACAUCUGUGGAGGGUCUCUCGUUAACAGCGAGUGGGUGGUGUCUGCUGCUCACUGCUUUGACAGCAUCGGCACCAGCACCAGCAACAUGGCCGUGUCUCUGGGUCUUCAGAGUCUGGAGGGAUCCAACCCCAACGCAGUGACUCGGACUGUAUCGCAGAUCAUCAUUCACCCCGACUACAACAAUGGUACUAAUGAAAACGACAUCAGCCUGCUGAAGCUCUCAUCGCCUGUGACUUUCAACAACUUCAUCCUGCCCGUGUGCCUGGCAGAGCCCGGCAGCUCCUUCUUCAGCGGCACCAACUCUUGGGUCACCGGAUGGGGCAGCAUUGGAGUUGAUGAGCCCCUUCCUUCCCCGCAAGAACUGAUGGAGGUGGAGGUGCCGAUCGUGGGAAACAUGGCGUGUAACUGUAAUCAUGGAGUGGGCACAAUCACAGAAAACAUGAUCUGUGCCGGGUUAGAGGCCGGAGGGAAGGACUCCUGUCAGGGCGACUCGGGGGGGCCACUGGUGAGCAAGCAAGGCGGCCGCUGGGUCCUGGCAGGGAUCGUGAGUUUUGGUAAUGGUUGUGCCUUGGCUAAUUCACCUGGAGUCUACACCCGUGUAUCCAUGUAUGAGUCAUGGAUCAACAGUCACAUCACCAACGACCAGCCGGGCUACAUAAGAUUUAGGUCCACCGGGACUGACAGUGACCUCAACGUCAUCUGUGUUACCAGGGAACCGCCACAAGCCACCCUGCCUACAACCACAAUGCCUCAAACCACCGUGCCUACCACUACAAAGCCCCCAACCACCGUGCCUACAACCACCGUGCCAACAACCACCGUGCCAACAACCACCGUGCCAACAACCACUGUGCCUACAACCACCGUGCCAACAACCACCGUGCCAACAACCACCAUGCCAACAACCACCGUGCCAACAACCACCGUGCCUACAACCACCGUGCCAACAACCACCGUGCCAACAACCACCGUGCCAACAACCACCGUGCCAACAACCACCGUGCCAACAACCACCGUGCCAACAACCACCAUGCCAACAACCACCGUGCCAACAACCACCGUGCCUACAACCACCGUGCCAACAACCACCGUGCCAACAACCACCGUGCCAACAACCACCGUGCCAACAACCACCGUGCCAACAACCACCGUGCCUACAACCACCGUGCCAACAACCACCGUGCCAACAACCACCAUGCCAACAACCACCGUGCCAAAAACCACCGUGCCAAAAACCACUGUGCCAACAACCACCAUGCCAACAACCACCGUGCCAACAACCACCGUGCCAACAACCACCGUGCCAACAACCACCGUGCCAACAACCACCGUGCAAACAACCACCAUGACCCCAACCACCAUGACCCCAACCACUGUGCCUACAACCACCGUGCCUACAACCACCAUGCCAACAACUACCAUGACCCCAACCACCAUGACCCCAACCACUGUGCCUACAACCACCGUGACCCCAACCACCAUGCCAACAACCACCAUGCCAACAACCACCGUGCCAACAACCACCGUGCCAACAACCACCGUGCAAACAACCACCAUGACCCCAACCACCAUGACCCCAACCACUGUGCCUACAACCACCGUGACAACAACCACCAUGCCAACAACUACCAUGACCCCAACCACCAUGACCCCAACCACUGUGCCUACAACCACCGUGACCCCAACCACCAUGCCAACAACCACCAUGACCCCAACCACCGUGACCCCAACCACCAUGCCAACAACCACAAUGUCAACAAGUACCUUGCCACCAACCAUAGUGCCUCCAAUCAUUGUGCCGCAAACCACCGUGACCCCAACCACCGUGCCAACAACCACCGUGACCCCAACAACCACAGCCAAACCUGUGGUCUGCGGCCAAGCCACGAUGAACUCGCGUGUCGUUGGGGGAAGCUCGGUAUCAUCGGCUGGUUUGUGGCCAUGGAUGGCCAGCCUGCAGAAGAAUGGCGGCCAUGUGUGCGGCGGGACGCUGGUGUCUGUGGAUUCAGUUUUGAGUAACGCCAACUGCUUUUCAAGCAGCUCCCCCGUACCGUCUGAGUGGACCGUGGUUUUGGGUCGGCUGAAACAGAAAGGAUCCAAUCCUUUUGAGAUGACACUAAACGUGAAAAAUAUCACUGUGAGUAACCUCACCGGGUCCAACGUGGCGGUGCUGCAACUGGAAACCAAUCCCACCCUGUCCACCUACAUCCAGCCCAUCUGCCUGGACAACGGACAGACCUUCAGCGAGGGCUCCACCUGCUAUGGCGCAGGCUGGAGCGCCGGACGAGGCGGGGAGGAAGAAGUUCUGCAGGAGUUCCAGACCUCAGUUGUGAGUUGUGGAAACGCUUCUACAAGUGACAGAAUUUGUACAGGGUCGUUCACGUUGGAGCAGGGUGACUCUGGCGGUCCUCUGAUGUGUAAGGUGGGUGGAUCUUGGUUCCAGGCGGCCGUGUUGUCCUUUGAAAACAACUCCAGAGGUCGUGCACGAGCCGAUCAGAUGAUGGUCCUGGAAAAACUGAGCACUUUUAAGAACUUCUUGGAGAACACGGUGGGAGCGUUUUUAUCACCGGCCUCCAGCAGCAACAGCAGCAGCAACAGCUCCAGCGUUAACACCACAGCCUCUACCAGCAUGACCACGGCCAGCAGCAGUGUGGACGUCCCUCACCCCUUCAUCAUGUUCUCCCAUCUCCUCCUCUUCGCCCUGUGUCUCCAACUCUUCAUAUAGAAGCUCUUUACUAACAACCUUUGAAGAAACUGGAGGUUUAUAACCUAUAACGGCUAAACAUGUGAGACCGUGAUUUUUAUUCUACUCACUCCAAAUAUCUGUGAACAGACGGGUUGUAAAAAGGGAAGCACCUUCCUUCAACAGAUGAAGUCACAUAUUUUGAAGGUUUAAUGAAUCUACCUCAUCGUAUCAAAGAGCUGCUGUGAUAUAAUGUGGAUUUCUACAUGAAGUGACUCAGCACUGAUGUGACUCGAGCUGCACUUUACAUGAAUAGCUCUCAGGUUUUGAAUACAAACGUCGACUCUUAUUUUUUCCUACAUUUGCAUUGAAUAACAGCUGUGAUCUAUCCCGCUAAAUGAAUGAAAAUAAAACACUGCCUGUAAAUGACGUGAAGAUGCUUCCUGUUAGCUACAUUGUUAAAUAAAUACUGAAAGUGAA